GCUGAGGACUCCGCGCAGGCGCAGUGCCGGUGUCCCACAGAGCGGGGCCCUCCUUGGCGGCCGCGCCUUUUCCCCUCUCAUUCCGUGAGAGAAACCCCGGCGUCGCGUUGACUGACCAGAGUCCGCGAGCCCCGCUUCCCUCAGCCCCAGAAGCUUCAUCCAGCUUGUGAUUUUAAGGCCAUUCCUUGCUCAGGAUGUCCCUGCACCAGUUCUUACUAGAGCCAAUCACCUGCCAUGCUUGGAACAGAGACCGAACCCAGAUUGCCAUUAGCCCUAAUAACCACGAAGUCCAUAUCUAUAAGAAGAGUAGUAACCAGUGGGUGAAAGCUCAUGAGCUGAAAGAACACAACGGUCACAUCACAGGAAUUGACUGGGCCCCAAAGAGUGACCGUAUUGUCACGUGCGGUGCUGACCGUAACGCUUACGUCUGGAGUCAGAAGGAUGGGGUGUGGAAGCCAACCCUGGUCAUCCUGAGGAUCAACCGAGCAGCCACCUUUGUGAAAUGGUCCCCACUGGAGAACAAAUUUGCUGUUGGUAGUGGAGCCCGACUCAUAUCUGUAUGCUACUUUGAGUCUGAAAAUGACUGGUGGGUAAGCAAGCACAUUAAGAAACCCAUUCGCUCCACUGUCCUUAGUCUAGAUUGGCACCCCAAUAAUGUUUUGCUGGCAGCUGGAUCCUGUGAUUUCAAAUGCAGAGUGUUUUCCGCCUACAUUAAGGAAGUGGACGAGAAACCGGCCAGCACACCCUGGGGCUCAAAAAUGCCAUUUGGGCAGCUAAUGGCUGAAUUUGGUGGCGCGGGAAGUGGAGGCUGGGUCCACAGCGUCAGUUUUUCUGCCAGUGGCAACCGCCUUGCCUGGGUCAGCCAUGACAGUACUGUGUCAGUUGCAGAUGCCUCCAAAAACAUGAUGGUCUCACAGCUGAAGACCGAGUUCCUCCCACUGCUGAGUGUGUCGUUUGUCUCAGAGAACAGCGUGGUUGCUGCUGGCCAUGAUUGCUGCCCAAUGCUUUUCAACUGUGAUGACCGUGGUGCCCUCACCUUCAUUUCUAAGCUAGACAUUCCCAAGCAGAGCAUACAGCGCAAUAUAUCAGCCAUGGAACGUUUCCGUAACAUGGACAAAAGAGCCACUACAGAGGAUCGCAACACUACUCUGGAUACCUUGCACCAGAACAGCAUCACCCAAGUGUCUAUUUAUGAGGUGGACAAACGAGAUUGUCGCAAGUUCUGCACCACUGGCAUUGAUGGAGCAAUGACCAUCUGGGACUUCAAGACACUGGAGUCCUCCAUCCAAGGCCUGCGGAUCAUGUAAAGCUGGCCCUCUGUUCUCUAGUAAGACAACUCGCGCUGGCACCUGCACAGACUUGAAAAAGGAUGGUGAAGAUGGUCACUUUUUGAAGCACUGAGAAAACGACAACUGUGGCGGAUUCCCCCCCCCCCCCAUUCAUCAUCCCCCAUUUGGUGAAAUAUGUUGGUUUGCAAAUCAGCUGUGAUUGUAGUAUAUAUUUGGGUUUUUUAUUAUUAUUAUUAUUAUUGGUUGUUUCAUUCCAUUCCUUUACCAAAGCUGCUCCUUAAAAUAGUUUAUUGCAGGAAGUAUGAAUCACUAACUUAAAAGGGGACUUUUAAUGUAAAACUUGUCUGCUAGAAAAUAAAAGAGAGAGAAAAACUGUU